AUGUCUUCAGAUAAAAAUGAUGAAGAUGAUGCAGAACCCGAAAGUUUGGAGGAGGCAGGAAUUUUGGAAGCUGAUGUCGGAGCGAAUUUCGAUCAACAACUGGCCAACAUAGACCCGAAACUAAAGGUUGAUAUGGAUCCAAAGGCCCAUCGCGAUUUGCGCCCAGAAAUGAUGUUCAUACGAGAAGAACUGCGGCAGGCCAAGGGGCAGACUCUUGCGGUGCGACGAACUGCUCUGAAGAAAUUACUCAUAAAGGACUUUUUACAAGAGGACUGCGAAUUGAAGAAUAUCGGUCUAUCGUAUGCACCGCCAGACCCUUAA